AUGGACGAGAUCCAUGUCUCGUGGCAGGGCGCGGAGAAGCCAGCACCGAGCGAUUUGUCGGGUCUCUUGUCGGUGAGGCGUCAAGUCGUCGAGAGAGCGCUUGUCUGGUUGAAGAAGAACAAUCCCCAUUACGCCGACAUUGAGAUCGACAAGGCGGAAAUGGAUAGUUGGGGAACCCCGUCGCACGGCGUGCCGUCGAUGGUGUACGGACGCAUGGAGCGGAACGAACCGUCUGCGUGGGAGAAGACGCGAACGGCACAGGUUGUGCCGCCCGCAGAGCGGGCCAUGGACGACGAUGGUCCGGCAGAGAUCGAGGAAGUCCUUGCUCGGCUCCGCCAGGGACAAGACGUAUCGGACAAGCCGAGUCGAGAAUUUGAGGGGGGCGGAGCGGACGGGGCUAAUGAUGCCGUGCCCGAAGACGGGGCCAAAAUGAUCAACGAGAUAACCUCUUCCGGCAUGUUUGCGUUGGACGGACCGCCGGGCGUGUCGGAUGCGGAGAAGGUCCGCUUUGCUUGCAAUGCCGUGGGCGGCGACGGGGCCGAGGACGACCGGCCGGGCCUGAGGGCAUGGAUAAGGUCGGCGGGGCGGGUCGAGGGGACCUUUCCCACCCUAUUGCCGUUCGGAUUCGGAGACGAGACGGCCGCGCGAGAUCUCCUGUCGUCUCGGAACAUGAGCCUUCGGACGUGGGCCGGCAUCGUGCUGCGGCGCCAUGGUGGCCGAUUCGCGACGCAUGCCAUCUUCUCGUUUCUCGUUUUCAACAUGGACGUGCGGUCGAGGAAUCGUCGUGUCAGCAUGCUCAGCGUGACGCGGAAGAACUUCCCCGAGGUAGAGCGCAUCGUACAGUCGCUGACCGCAGAUAGGUUGGCGGCGGCCAGGCUGGAGUUGGAGAGCCUGGGCAAGACCACCGAUGAUGGCGUGAAGGAGCUCCUAAGAUGCCUUUCGCUAUACGGCUACCGGCAGCCCAUGUCGAGGGAACUCCGUCUGAGCAUGCGACGCAAGAUCCAGUCACUCAUCUUGUGUCGUGGCGUGCCUGCAAUAUGGUUCACGCUCAACCCGAACGACAUCACGAACCCGGUGAAGCUGAGACUGGCGGCGUACCGCACACGUGAUCCUGAAGCGGCCGAGGCAUUUCUGAGAAGCCUCGACAUGGCAUUCAAACGUGCGCGGCUGGCCAUCUCGGACCCGUUGAGCUCGGCCGAAUUCUUCCACCGAGAGAUGACGUUGUUCUUCGAAAAUUACGUCAGAGUGGGCGAGGAGUCGGUAUUCGGGCGCAUCAGCCACUAUUACGGCGCCGUUGAGACCAACGAGCGAGGGGCGCUUCAUGUUCACGGACUGCUCUGGCUGCAGGGAAACGCGCAUCUAAGCUCGAUGCUUGUCGAUAUCCACGGCGAGGAUCAAGCGGCAUACCGAGAACGCAUCGUCAGAUACGUCGACAGCGUCUUUUCCGAGGAUCUCGACCAGGAAGGUUUCUGCGCAAUCCAGGCAGAGCGAUCGGUGACGUUAGAUAUAUCGCAAUUGCUAGGCGAUGAACGGCAAUUCUCAGCCUCGUUCGACGAAGAAGCGAACUUCUGUGCCGGCGCGACGCAAAUCCAUACCCAUAGCCCGACCUGUGUCAAGUACUCGCUGGGAAAGGGGCGCAAGGGUGAUUUAUGCCGCUUCAAGGCGCCAUGGGGACUGGUCGACGAGACGGCCUUCACGGGAGACGGCGUGCUGCGGAUUCGGAGGUCGCACAGCAUGGUGAAUCGGUGGAACAAGGCGAUUGCCGUGGGGCUUCGCCACAACCAUGACAUAUCCUUCAUCGCCACACAGCGCAAGACCAUGGCCCUCGUCUUUUACGUCACCAACUAUGCGACCAAGGUAGAGGACCCCGUGUGGAAGCGCGUCGUCGCGGCCGCGGACCUCUUGCCUCCCAGAGCAGGCGACGAAAUGGCCGACGGCGCGGAGGUUCGUGGAGGCGAAGGUGCCGGGGACGAUGGCAGGCAAAAUAAGACACGAAAAUUCUUAAUGAAGGUGGCGAAUCGCGUGUUUACGGAGAGGCCGUUAUCUACCUGGGCGUUCCUGAACGUUUCGGUGCUCAGGCGACCGGGCAAGCAGGCCAUGGUCUGCCUCGACGGGUAUUUGAGCAAGGAUUUCGACGAAGACGACGAAGGAUCAUGCUACCGAAGAGCGGCUGUGCAGCAUCUUGCGCUGUUCGUGCCUUGGGAGCUCUUCUUAGGGGAAGAAAGCGGCGACAUCAACCGCAUAUGGGGGAGGGAACGAGCAGCUCUGGUCCCGAGGAUAUCAUGUUACGUCGAUAACGUGCAGUUGCUGCGACGGUCGGCCGAAGAUGCAAAGCGGGACGCCAAGCAGUGGGCAGCCUCAUCCGGUGACGGUGACUCCACGGCAGUCUAUCUAGACGAGGAUGGCACCGCGGAGGCGGGUGUCGAGCCCGGAUCGGUAUACCAGGCCGACAGUACCGGAAACACGACGCGUCUAAUCGACGUUGUCAGAAGCUCGAUCGGGGCGAACCAAAUCACGGCCGGCUCGCCAGAGCUCAUAGCGAUGAUGCAGGAGCUCAGCCGCUUCCAGCAACUGGCGUUUUCGUCGUCUUCCGAGUUCCAGGCCGCAAUACUAUCCGAACGGGGCCCGAGACGAAUCAACAUCCCGGGGCGGGCAUCCUCCGGAGCCACCAUACCGCCGCAGAGUCAGGUUAGGGCCAUAAAGUCGCAGCAAACCUGUGCGUCCAGGGAGAGGGAGAAGAUGAUCCGGGGAAUACAAAGCGUGCCCCCGGCAGAGGUGACUGAUCGUCGGGCGGCGGUGCGCAGCGUGCUCACGGGUUUCGGGGAUGACGAUAUCCUGAUGACGGCGGCGGACCUCGAGGAAACGGUAGAGGCCAGCGCGGGAAUGGAGAUCCGGCUCGGCGCCUCAACCUCCUUUAUCGAGGCGGGUAAGGCCCUGGUAGCGAGGUUCACGCUGAACAAGAAGCAGGCGAUUGCCUUCCUAAUCAUAUGCCGUCAGCUUGACCUCAUACGGCGCAGGGAGAAAGGCAACGGGUGUCAGCUAUGCCAAUUCGUCGGCGGAGAGGGCGGAACGGGCAAGUCGCGAGUCAUCGAGGCGCUCGUCGAACUCUUCGCGUCCAAGGAUCAAUCGAAUCGCCUGAUAAUAACGGCGACGUCAGGGACGGCAGCAGCACGGAUCAAUGGCAUCACGAUCCACUCCGCCUGCGGGUUCUCCAAAGAUCUCGCGGCAGUCGCAAAUAUGGCCAGGGAUCUCGACGGGUUGCGAAUGCCGAACCAGGCGGAGCGGUUCGUCCACGGGCAAUCCCGGAUGGACUGGCAGGAGAAGGACGUGCUUGUCGUCGACGAGGUUAGCAUGCUCGGUGCGCGGACGCUCCACGCGGUCAACGAGCAGCUCUGCCGGCUGCGCGGGUCGCACCAGGAUUUUGGAGGGAUCCCCAUUGUCCUCUUCUGCGGAGACUUCCACCAGUUCCGCCCGGUCCAAGAGCGGUCGAUCCUCCUCCCCAGCACGGCCGUCUCGUGGGACAUGGACAACUCUUUCAAGGCCGAGCAACGGCACCAGCACGACAAGGCGCACGCGCUGUGGAAGAGGUUCACGACCGUCGUCAUGCUCGACGAGCAAGUGCGCGCCGCUGGCGACCCAGAGCUGCAGAGGCUGUUAAAGCGAAUCCGACUGGGCGCGCAGGACCGCACGGAUCUGGACCUCCUCAACUCAAGAUGCUACCAGGAAGGUAGGCGGAUCCCGUGGGCAUCAGGCAUCACUGUGGUGACGCCGCUGAAUAGGAACCGGUGGAACCUCAACAUGGAGGCCAGCUUGGCGUUCCAGAUCCAGCACCGGUCGACGCUGCGCAUCUUCAUAUCCGGCCAUAAAUGGAAGGAGGGCUUGCCGACGGAGGAGGAGGCCAUCAUGAUGCUGAACCAGGGCGACGAUAGCGCAAUACCGGUGCCGGCCGUCUUCAUGUUCGUGCCGGGGAUGCCGGUCGUCGUGAACCACAACACCCAUCAGGGGCUAAAGCUGGUGAACGACAUGACGGUCCAUUUCGGGCCGCCGGCGGGAUAA